AUGGGUGCUGUGAACAAUGGUGUGGUGGAAACCGCAGAGAUCGUACAAAAGAUCCGUGCGCUGAUGUCCAAGCAAAAUGUCGACGCGUACAUCAUUCCAUCCGAAGACGAGCACGCCAGCGAGUACCCCGCCGUGUCCGAUCUCUUGCGCGGCUAUGCGACGGGCUUUAAUGGCUCUGCUGGCUGUGCGCUCAUUACUCAAAACGACGCACUCUUGUUCACCGAUGGGCGCUAUUUUUUGCAGGCAUCGCAGCAGCUCCAGCCGGGCGUGUGGACGCUGAUGCGCAUGGGCGAGCCCGGCAUGCUUAGCUGGCAAGAAUGGCUCGUGCAAAGACUUGCGCCCAACGCACGUGUGGGCGUAGAUCCCAAGUUGAUCAGCGCGGAGGACGCGCGACAGCUCGCCGCUGAUCUGCGCGCGUCCAACUCAUCGCUCGUCCCGCUCACAGAGAAUUUCGUGGCGCUUGUGUGGCCUGAUCGGCCAUCGCGCGCUGCAGAGCCGAUCACGACACUUCCCGAUAGUAUCACGGGCUGUGCUUUCGGCGACAAAAUCGCCGCGCUGCGCCGCGAGGUUGAGGAAAAGCGCGCGUAUGGCUUUGUCGCGACGAUGCUCGACGAAGUUGCGUGGCUUUUUAACUUGCGCGGCACAGACGUGCCGUACAACCCUGUAUUUUUCGCAUUUUCCAUUGUGACGCUGGACACGGUGUGGCUUUACGUAAACGCAUCACAGCUCACAGACAGAGUGCGCGCGCAUCUGGGCUCGGAUGUGGUGGUGCGUCCGUACGAUGCCUUUUACACGGACUUGCGCGCGAUGGAAUCGCACCUGCGUUCGGACCAAAGGCUGCUGAUCGGCAAGCGUGCAUCGCUCGCGGUGCUGGAUGCACUCGGCGCUGCGCGGGCGCUUGUAGUGCGGUCCAUUGUGGUGGACCAAAAGAGCAUCAAGAACGCAGUCGAGCUCGACGGGUUUCGCGAGGCGCACUUGCGCGAUGGCGCUGCGCUUGUCCGCUACUUUGCAUGGCUCCAAGACGCGCUGCACAGUGGCGAGACGGUUACAGAGACGCAAGGCGCAAACAAGCUCACCACAUUUCGGGAGGCGCAGCCCGGCUUCCAAGGGCUGAGCUUCACCACCAUUUCCUCUACCGGGCCAAACGGCGCAAUUAUUCACUACGCGCCUCCGGACGAGGGGAGCCCCGCGAUCGACCCAAACACGCUGUACUUGUGUGAUAGUGGUGCUCACUUUUCAUUCGGCACGACGGAUGUGACACGUACGCUGCACUUUGGCGCGCCCACGGCGGAGCAGAAGCGCUGCUUUACGCGGGUGCUGCAGGGCCAUAUCGCCAUCGACCGCCUCAUCUUCCCGAACAACACGACAGGGUACGUAAUUGAUGCAUUGGCGCGUGCGCCGGGAUGGCAAGAUCAUCUCGAGUACCGCCAUGGGACGGGGCACGGCGUCGGGCACUUUUUGAAUGUGCACGAGCCGCCCAUGGGGAUUGGCACGCGAGCCGUGUUUAACGAAACGGGCUUAAAGUCUGGUAUGGUGAUCAGCAACGAGCCAGGCUACUACUUGGACGGGCAGUGGGGUAUCAGGAUUGAGAACCUACUCAUUGUCACGCCGCAUGAGCUCCAAGGCGAGGCGGAGCCGCCGACAAGCAAAGGAUUUUUGCGCUUUGAGCACAUUACCUUGUGUCCAAUCCAGACAUCUCUGAUGGAACCUACGCUCAUGACUGUAGCGGAGCGCGAAUGGAUGAAUGCCUACCACGACGAAGUGUACCAGAAACUCAAGCCGCUUCUGGAGGAGCAGGGCGAUGCUCGCGCGCUAAAAUGGCUCGAAAAAGAAUGCGCGGUGCGUGUGUAG